ACUAUGAAAAACCCAUCUCAAUUCCUUUCUUUUUGCUACUCUCACUUCAAAUAUUUUCACUAGAUCUCAUAUCUUCAUUCAAAGUAAAACAUGGAUUCAUCAAAAACUAAUCUUCCAGUGCUGUCUCUGCCUAAAGCAGACUCUGAGCUUGAUGCUGCUGCAAUUAAAAUUCAAAAGGUUUACAAGAGUUACCAAACUAGAAAAAACCUUGCAGAUUGUGCUAUUAUUGUGGAAGAGUUAUGGUGGAGGGCAUUUUAUUCUACUGCUCUUGAAAGAAACACUGUUUCGUUUGUUGAUGGUGAGGAAUCUGUCUCCGAGCUUGAUGCUGCUGCAACUAAAAUUCAAAAGGUUUACAAGGGUUACCGUACUAGAAGAAAGCUUGAAGAAUGUGCAGUGUUAGUGGAAGAAAGUUGGCAGAAGCUAUUGGAUUUUGCUGCUCUUAAAAGGAGUUCUGCUUCAUUCUUUGAUGUUCAUUCAGAAACUUAUGUUCAGAAACCUGAAACCUAAAACUACUGCUUCAUUCUUUAAAAUGGAAUAAAAUAAAGCUACUAUCAUAUUAGUAUUUUUUGAAAAUUUCAAGUAACCAAUAGUUUGGUGUAUAAUUUUAAAUUAUAAUUGUUGCUGUGGAUGUUGCGAUUACGGUCAUUGCGGUUGUUGGGAUAUGUAUUGUGGUCGUUGUGACAUAAA